CACCACAGCUUUUCGAAAUUAGUUCUAGUGAGUCUGUGAAAGUGUGAGCGACUGCGACUAUCGGACGACGAUUUCUGUUCACGCGCGAUCAAUUGGCGAACCGCAGGCGGAUCAACUGGUCACUCAUUUCCGAGAACUGCCGCAAGAAAAAAUAAGAAGCACUCCCACACGCAAGCACCAGUAAAAAAAGAAAAAGAAAAGCUGACAAAUAAAAAUAGCUGGCAGAUCAGAAGACAGCGAUCCGCAGAACCGAAUAAGUAGUGUGGAAUUAUCCAUACAGCAAUCCAUAUCCACCCAUCGGUCGGAGCUACCAACCAACCAACCAUCCAAGCAAACCACGUGCAAAAUGUCGCAUCAGUGCAGCUGCGGUCGCGAUCUCAACAACAACUACGUCUCCUACACGAGCGCCUACGCCAAUGCGAACACGGGUCUGGACCGCGAGACGGCAGCCAGCGGCGGAGGCAAGUCCAGCACCUCGCACCACACACAGCUGACGGCCAAGGUGAUGUUCGGCACAGUGGGCGCCAUCAAGGAGUUGCGCGACAAGGAGCAGCAGCAGGCACGGCACGCGGCAACGACGCGCGCCGGCGAGCGACGCAACUGAAAGUGAAUUUGGGAUGGGAUCAAAUGGGAUGGGAUGGGAUGGAAUGGGAUCGGUUCGGAUCAGAUGGUAGGAGGAUAAUGGAUGCUGGAUGCUGGACGCAGGCGUCAUCGGGGUUGUGUUUCGAGUGCUGUGCAGUGGGUUUUUAGGGGAUUUCAGAUUGCGUUGGAUCCUGUCCCGUCCCGAUUCCGCAUCCCACACUGGAUGCGGCUGCUUGGGUGAUGUUAGAGGCUUCAAAGGUGUUUACGGGGGUUGAGCAAUUUGCGGAUUUGCUGGAUGAGUGUGGCCAACAGUUAAGAAAGACAUUCCUUCUUUAAAACAAAACAAAAAACAACUAUCCAAAAAAAGAAAAAUCUAGAAAAAAUCAACUACAAAAAAAAGGGAACUAAAAACAUCACUUAUUUAUACGAUUAUCUGCCACACUGUAGUUCUGUUAGUGCAUCCUAUUACUUUCAACUGUCUCUCUUUAUCUCUCUCUAUUUGUAUACUACAUGAUGAUAUCCUUAAACCAGUUCAUGCUCCUGUUCCUUCAGUUACUAAUUUUCGAUAUUUUAUCUGAAAAAACAAGAUGAUUAGCCCAACUCUUUCGAGAAAGGGGAAUUCGAUUCGAUGUAAAUUGUUUAUCACAUAUUUAUAUAUACUAUAUAGUGCAAUACUUUAGCUGUACUCUCACACACACACCACCACACACAUGGCUAGCUUUAAGUUUGUUUUAUUUUGUAAGCGCACAAACAGACACACACACACACACACACAUGCCCUUACAUUUAUACACUUUACAAUGUUGUUUAAUUUUGUUUUUUGUUGUUCACGCGCUCUGCCAGUUUUGGGCUGCGCGUCUGGAGACUUCCAGGUGCUGCUGCAGCUCAAAAUGCAAAGCACGUAGCCCACACACACACACACAUACACUAUACACUUUAAACCAUAUAAAUAUAACUAUCUAUACAUACAUACAUGCAUGCAUAUAUCCAUUAAUACUUAUACAACUGUUAUUAUUUUUAAUAAUCAUAUUGUAUAUGCUUGAAGAAACGAAUGAAGAGGAGCCGAAAAUGAAAAUGAAAUACUAAAAUUUAUAUUCCUCUUAAUGGGAUCAUGUUUGCUCAAGUGAUUUUGUACUAAAAUGGAAGCGAAAAUAAAUGAAAUAAAAUUAAAAAAUUAUACAGAAAUUGAAAUUCAAUCAAAAUCAAACAAAGUGCUGUAAAUGGCAAACAUUCUGAACAACGACCAUGCGCUUUUGUCAGGCAUUAGGAGGACCACGUACCCGUAUAGAGAGCAUGACAGCGCAUCCACAAUAUACAUAUUUAUUAUAUCAGAUAAUAUACUAUAUAAUAUAAUACACCUAUCUACUUGUACUACUUGUAAAUCUAUUUAUAAGGCUAAUCCUAACAAGGGCCAAUAAAAAUCGAACUUUUAAUAAAACCGAAAA